AUGGCGGCCCCCGACUUGCUCGGGUUCAUGCUUGCGUUCUACAUCGUGUUUGGUGUCGCAUUUCUUCAUCGGCUCUACUUUGACGUCGUGUUGGAGGCCAUCUUGGACCACCUCCACGCGUUGCUUCGGCUCGUCAAGAAGGGAAUGAAGGAGGUCGUGCGACUAGCCAAGCUUUUUCUCGUCCGGAAAAAGAAGAAGCGGAAGCCCAAGAAGCUCGGUCCCGACGGCAAGCCGAUCGACCCCAACAACGAGGACGAGGCGGCGAAGAAGAAGAAGGAAGACGACGCCAAGAAAGCCCUUCAGGACAAGGAAGCGAACGAAAAAGCUAGGGGAGAGGACGCCGACACGGUCGAACCGAUCAUUGAUUUCGCCAUGGAGUAUGGCAUGGAGACGCUUGCGUCCUUCUUCCAGCCGACGAUGGUGAUCAUUAUGAUUGUGUUUCGCGCCGAAACCGGCAUUGCAGACAACUACCACAUCCGCGUCCAAGACCUCGAGUACUACUGCUACUUUUUCAUCGUCAUCAUCGCGUACCACUUGCUCUCGGACGUCUUCAUCUUGCACGCGCUCGAGCUCUUCAAGGGCUGGAAGCUCUACGACUACUUUGUCUAUUGCCGGUACCGGUACAUUCAGCGCGAGAAGCGCUGGAAAGGCCUCGAGCACAACCUCGACGAGUGCAUUGAAGAAGGGCUUCGGCACCUCGACCAGAUGUGCUUUUCGUCCCAGUACCAUUUCAUGUGCGGUGUCCAGACACUUGCGAUCCUCGCGCUCGUCGUCGCGAUCGAGAUCAUGGUGCGCAACAAGUACAACAUGUUUGCCGACCCCGCGACUCUCGCCCUCGUGCCGUACAUGGCCUUGACGUGCUACUGCGUGCGCCGCAUUUGCCUCUACUUGAUCCGAAAGCUCGCCUUGUACAAGCUCCGGCACGAGUCGACCAUGUGGAUCGCCAACCCGGAAGACGAAGACAUGGACGUGCCCAACUGGGAGGAGCUCGAACGACUCAAAGGCGCGUCGCACGAAGCGUUCUUGAUGAACCAACGGCUCACGUCCGAGACGUUCCGGUACAAGUUCCUCAACUACAACCGCGCGUGGAUCAUCGAGCAGCUACCGAAUAUUCUCACGCCCCGAACGCUGCGGCGUGCGCGGCCGUACUUGAUUACGCAGUUUUCAAAGAUCAUCAGCAGUCUCAACCCACAAGUCUCGGACGACGACGACGACGACAGUGGCCGGCCGCAUUUUGGGCCCGUCUCGCUCACAGCACCGUCCCGCGACAUCAUUCGGCUCUGGCUCGCCAAAGCCCGCCGCCGCCUCCGACUCCGCGAAGCAGUGCAGCCCAUCAUCAACGCCGCGCGCAAGGUUGAGUGCGAGAGCUGCCUCAGUCGUCGCCAGCUCCAAGUCGAGCUCAUGAUUCCCCUCGAAGUCAUGGGCGACAAGUUCGACAAGGUCUACCCGAGCGACGAGUUCAACGUGGCCGAGUGGAAGGCGUUCUUCAUCAAGCACGAAAAGUUCCGAACGCUCUGCCUCAACUGCCUCGCCAAGCAAAAGCAUGAAGCGCGCAUGCAGCCGCUUGGCCUCGGCGCCAACGACCAAGCGAUGGCCGACGCCGAGACCGCGGCGGCCCUCGGGUUCGGAAGCGUCCACCUCAACGCCGCGUCGCGCGCGAUCCUACUCAAGUGGUACAAGCUCGGCCAGGACCGCGUGUUUGGCAAAACCGGCAAGCGCCGCGCGGUCGCCAACGUCAGCGACGACGAAGAAGACGCCGCGCUCCGAGGCGCCAAGUGGGCCAAUCAGCCCGUCUUCCUCAACGCCGCCUCGACGGCGAUUGCAAUCAAAUGGCUCGUGGCCGCUCGCCUCUCGAUCAAAUCCAAGAUGGGCGGCAAGAAGAUCCAGCCCCUCGAGGCGGCGCCCAAGCCCAAGCGCAAAAAGCCGCCGACCAAGGGCAAGGACAUCGAGAAGGCGAAAUCGCGCCGCAAGUAG